AAUACAACAAAAUGAGCGGAGGUCCAAGGUUCCAAAGUGAGCUUCACAAUAAUCCCAAUCCAAACGAUAGGCAGCAAAAUGAACAGAUGAAUAAUAUCCGCCCUAAUACAAAUCUAUUAGCAAUUGAAUAUGGAGGCUUCAACCCUGCUGCUAAUGCAGCAGGGUUGGGACCAAACGCACCAGGAGCUGGUGCUAAUCCACAAUAUCAAAGAGUUCCUCAGCAACCUGGGCCCAAUGAUGAAUAUAUGAUUAAUUCAAACACAGCUAGAUAUACAGGAUAUAAAAUUCCUAUAUGAGUGAAAUGAAGAUACUGACAAUCUACCUCAAUUACUAGAGUUAGUACAAGGAUAAGUUUAAUGCAAUGGUGGAUAUGAUUUACAAUGUGUCUUCUCUGAUCAUGGUGUUGAUGAUACAUCCCUUUCUGCAUAAGUGACUGAAAAUAGCUUUGUACAUCACUGUGGUAUGUGUGAUAGAGAGAUACUUUUAAGAACACCAGAGUUCGCCCAAUCCAUGGACAAUUUCAGUGAGAAUCAAGUAAUACGAAGAGACUUAGAUAGAGAAAGGCAAAGAAUGAACAAUAGUAAUCAAUACAACACCUUCACUUAAGGAGCCGGUAGAAGGUUAGGGAAUUAUCCGGGCAACCAACAACCAC